AUUUACAGUUAAUAAAAAUGGCUUUAUUAAAAGACGAUACUGCAUUUACUCAUGUAAUUGCAAUUGAUUUCGGCACAGGAGCCUCAGGAUUUGGAUUGGCUCCAAGAAUCCUGGAUAAGGAAGGCAAACCCAGAAUCGAGGUAUUCAAUCCAUGCGAUGACACAGAUGACCAAAAAACACCAACUGCAAUUCUAUUUGAUAAUAAUGGUUAAUUUAUUGAAUUUGGAUCUCAAGCACUUUAAAAAUAUGCAAGCAUGUUAGAUGAUGGUGAAACAGCCUAUUUGUUUUAAAAUUAUAAAAUGCAUUUGUAUCACAUGCAUAAUCAAGCCAGAUCAUUGGAUAAUCGCGAACUAUCAUUGAUGUUAAUAAUAAGAGAAACAUUAAAAUAUAUAAGCAAUAGAGCAAUUUAGAAAUUGAAGGAACAAGUAGGAAAAGUGAUACCCACAAAAAUCAGAUGGGUCUUAACAGUACCAGCCUUAUGGAGUGAGGAACACAAACAAUUUAUGAGAAAGGCAGCUGUUGAAGCAGGCAUAGUGGAUCACUUGAAUUCUCCGAAUUUGCUACUAUGUUUGGAACCAGAAGGUGCAUCCAUUCAAUGUAGAGAGGAUGCUGAACAAACUUUGAAAGAACAAAUGGCGAAGAACUCUGUUGUGAUGGUAUUAGAUUGUGGAGGUGGGACUGUUGAUAUCACAGUACAUAAAUUAUUAUGUGAAUCAACUGAGAAAUUCUUAUGCAAUGAAUUAAUACCAUCAUCUGGUGGUUGCGAAUGGGGUUCCAAAUAUGUAGAUCUAUAUUUUGAGGAAUUCCUGAAGGAGUUCUUAGGAGAUAAACUAUUUAGAUAAUACUAACAAAAUGCCAUUGCUCGUUUGGAUAUUUUACGAGAUUUUGAAAUACUCAAAAGGAAAUUUAAAGGGAAUAAGGAUGAAAAAUGUAUGAUCAAAUUCUCGUAUUUGGGGGAAGACUUGAAUACAAAUAAAUUGUAAUAAUUAGUUAAAGAUCAUAACCAAAAACAUCCUCCUGAAUAUCAGGUGAAAUUAAAAGGAUUAUCAAAUGUUGAGAUUCCAUCAGCUUUGAUGGCUUCAUUCUUUUAGACACUAUUUGAAAAUAUUAAAAAUAAAGUAGCUUAAUUAUUAGUUUAAGUGGAAUAGAAAAAAGAAAAAGUAAACUUUAUAUUUAUGGUUGGAGGUUUUAGUGAAUCUCCAUUCUUGAAAUAAGAAAUCAUUAAAAGAUUCGAAAAUAAUACAAUUUAGAUAUUGGUUCCAAGAAGACCUUAAGUUUCAGUCAUAAGAGGAGCUUGUUUAUUUGGGUUGAGUCCAAGAUCAAUUACAAGUAGAAUAGCAAAGAAAACUUAUGGAAUUAAUACAUUAACAACUUUUGAUGCUGAAAGACAUCCUAUUAAAAAAAAGGUCAUUAUUGAAGGAGAGGAGUUUAGUGAAGAUGUAUUUGAUGCUUUUGUUAGGAAAGGAGAUGCUGUUGGUUGCGAUGAAGUUCAUACGAAAAUAUAUUGUCCUGUCAGAUCCAGACAAACAAUUAUGAGGAUCAUCUUUUAUGUAACUGAAAAGAGAGAGGUGGAGUUCGUUGAUGAAUAGGGUGUUUAAUAGUUAGGAGAAUUGUGCAUUGACAUAGGGAAACCUUUGUAGUCUGUGGAGGACAAGACUGUCAAAGUUACUUUAUUAUUUGGAACUACUUGUAUAUAUGCGACUGCUACUAACAAGGAUGGAACUGAAAUAAAAAACUGUGAGUUCAAAUUCGAAUGUGGGUAAUGA